AUGGCGGCGCGCAGGGAGUGAAGAGGACGCGGGUUUAAUGUGGAUUAUUAGAUGAAGAUCAUGUAUAAAACAUCAUGGCGCAGAGCUGCAGGUCUGAUCAGCUCCAGCUUUCUUACUGCAUCCGGAAAUCACCGCUGUGUCCGAACCCUCGUCCACCUCUGCAGGAGUGACCGACCACAAUGGAUCACGUUCCAGCACUUAAACUUCCUCAAGCGCCAGUACGUGACCACCGCUGGCGUUCUGAGCCAGAGAGCUCGACCCAAACAGGAACCCGUGAGUGCAGUCCUGGAGGAGAGGGACGAUCCGGUUAUCCAGCGGGUCAAAGAGGUGCCGGGUGUUAAGGCUGUGCCCGGGGUGGCACCGCCAGGCGCCGAUGACGAGCCCGAGGCGGUCAGGCUGGCCCGGAUAGAGGCCCGGCAGUGGAAGGAGCUGAGCGUGAACGUCUCGGAGUUACCGGGGAUCUACGCUCGCCUCUCCAAAAUCAAACUCACAGCAUUGGUGGUCACGACAGCGGCGGCGGGAUACGCUAUGGCUCCUGUGCCCUUCGACCCCAUCACCUUCGCUCUGGCCACGCUGGGAACAGGCCUCUGCUCAUGCAGUGCAAACUCAAUUAACCAGUACUUCGAGGUGCCGUUCGAUUCCAACAUGAACCGGACGAAAAACAGGCCGCUGGUCAGAGGACAAGUAAGUCCACUCCACGCCGUAUCAUUCGCUCUGGCGUGUGGCGUCCCCGGCGUGACCCUGUUGACCCUGGCCGUGAACCCCCUAACCGGCUUCCUGGGGGCGCUGAACAUCUUCCUGUACACGUGCUGUUACACCCCGCUGAAGCGGCUCAGCAUCACCAACACUUGGGUGGGGUCGCUGGUGGGGGCCAUCCCUCCCGUCAUGGGCUGGACCGCCGCUACCGGAGCUCUAGAACCAGGAGCUCUGCUGCUGGGUGCGUUCCUGUACUCGUGGCAGUUUCCUCACUUCAACGCUCUGAGCUGGAACCUACGUGAGGAUUACUCUCGCGGCGGCUACCGCAUGAUGUCCGUCACCCACCCGGCCCUGUGCAGACGGGUGGCCCUGCGCCACAGCGCCGCCCUGAUCGGCCUGUCCGCCCUCGGCCCCGCGCUCGACGUCACCACCUGGACUUUCCCUCUCAUCUCUUUACCCAUCAACCUUUACAUCAGCUACCUGGCGUUCCGAUUCUACCGGAACGCAGACCGAGGGAGCGCCCGUAAACUGUUCUUCUGUAGCCUCUGGCACCUGCCUAUGCUCCUCCUGCUCGCCCUGACGUGCAAGAAGAGACGCCCGGCCGAGGGCGCGAGUCCGGGUAUGUCGGAGAGCGCGGCCCUGACUGUACAGAGCUGAAUGCGACGACCUGGGCUGGACGUUCAAGUGGACGCUCUACUUCUGGUGCUUAAGACGCUGAUAAAUUCCAUCAAUGUAAAUAAGUGUAGCAGGUGCAGCAGGGUUGUUGGGAUUCAUUAUUUUCAUGAUCCCUUUUCAAAUUCAAAGCGUGAACCACAUCUGGAAGUGAUUAGACCUCCAAAAGCUCAUUGCACCCACCACCCUAGUCCACAUGUGCUUGAAGCACCAGAUGUUCUUGCUAUCUGGCUACAUUGUCCCAACAAGGUUCAGAUUUGGCUAAACUGUUUCUUUAAAGCUCUUGGAUUGAAAAGCAGCACCACAAACAAUAAAAAACUGGAAAAUGAUGAAGAAAAUAAUAAAUAAAUAAUAAAUCGAAACGGUUAAACUAGAAACACCUGAACUCAUGCAGGUCUUUGAUCUUUUAGAAGGAGGUUUUGUGCAAUGUGUGUAAAAAUGUCCAAUUAUUUAAAUAUUCAGACACGCCAAAGCAGAAGCCAAAUAUAAGGAUAACUUUCAUAUUUGGAUGUUUGGUUAUGGACUUGUGACAUUAAUGUGUGUAUCCAAUAGGGUAAGAACUCUGUCCAAUCUGCAUUUCAGUGAUAGUCUCAGCUCUCCUCGGCCAGCGCUAGGGUGGCGAUGAUUAGGCUGGUAGAUCAAGCCUUUAAUUAAAUAUAAAAAUGUAUACUUACCGUCUAAUUCCAUAAGCUCUUCAUUAUACAUCUCCAAAUCUGGUAUGGUCAGCUGGUUAAAAUGGGACUAGGUAUAACCCAGAUGGUACAUGAUCACUUGCCCCUUUAAACAUAUGUAGUCUCCUAGAGCGGUAUAUCAUACAGUCUCCAAAUUCCCUGUUAACAUCGACCAGCCAGCAGGGGUCGCAAGUCAGCGUCAAUAAAAUCCAGUCGACAGUCCUCCCUCAGGCACAGCCAUCUAUCUCUGUGUCAUUUCUGCUCACUGGUCCAGUUUUCAGUUUCCAUCCACGUUCUUCUUUUCAAUACUUUAUGAAGGUUGUAAUGAUGCCAGAUGUUCUUCUGAUGUGUAACUUCAUCGGUAAAUGAUCCAUCCAGCUUCCACGGUUCUUUGUGUUUGUGGUAAUUAAACUGUGAUGCAGCUACUGUGAUGCAUUUAGCGCCGAGUCUGUGACUGGGCUGAGACCUGUUAAUACUGUGGUUGAAUUCCGUCCGAUCUCCUCAUGUCAUGUGACGUGAUGUCGGACGUCUGACCUCACUGUAUAAAUCACCUGCUUGAGGAAUAAAAGAAAUAAGAACA